AAUUCUGUUUUGAAAUGUUUAUAUACAUAUGGACAACUAUCAGAUUGUCGAUAAUUAAUCUGAAAGCCAUGUUUAUGUUUUAUUAUAACUUACUGGUAUAUAAUACUGAAUCGGAGCUAUGUGUUACGUGAGUAAUCUACAUGUAGGAUGAGUCUCACCUGAGUCACAGCCGGGUUUGGGGAGCUGUCAUCUGUGGGUGUGAGCACGUAAAGUGACUACAGAUUAGAAGCGGACAAAACCUGUUGAAAUAAUUUGGUACUACGGUAGUAUACUGUAUCUUCGGAAACAUGUUUACGCGUAUUUGUACUUUUAUUCAACUAAGAUGUUGAUGGUAGACUAGUAAACUGAUUUGACACACUUUUCAAUACAUCGUUCCGGGUAAAUAUUGAUGCGAGCUUUGAAACUAUGAAAAACAAUGCACGAGGCUUGUUGACAGAUGGAUCCACUGAGUUUAUCAUUUACUUCAUUGAGAGGGUCAAAUCUCAGCACGUCCCUUAGGUGAUAAAACUAACGCGCCAUGAAGGAGCGAGACGGAAAGACUAAUACAAAGGCAUAGAAUGGAGUGUCAAAGGAUCUGAAUGGGAUAUGGAGGCUUCUGUAUUAUGAAUUGUAGUGUACCGGUCUGAGAGCCUGGAGUAUCUGUUUAAAGUAUGACUUCAGCCAGGUCGUGCUGGGAUCAGCAUCAUGAUAUGAACAGCAUGUACUUCUGUUUCGAUGCUGACUUCACAGAUCACAACCUUAAAAAAAUGCAUCAACAUGGCCCAGGUUCGCUGGGCCUUGAAAGUAGGAUGUUUGGCUCAUGCUCAUCACGUAGCCCUACACACCUGUGUCGGCGUUUGAAGAGUACUGAUCAGACAAAGCUCCUCCUGCCCUCCCUAGACAGCCCUCCGGAGGGUGACCAGGUUGUCCCGUCCUUCCAGAAACUCUCUGUUUAUGAACAGACACCCUUGUAUUCUCCCCGGAGAUGCUCCAAGCCGCUCCCUCCUCUCCCAGACAUGGAGGAUCAGUCCUCGGACGAGGCCGCCGACAACGAGGUGGAGUUCUUUUCCAGCACCAGUGAGAGCCAGCAGCUGGUGUGUGAGCAUGCUUCGAAACCCUCAGCCUUCCGCUACGGCAUGCCAGGCAGGCGGAGUUUCCGUGGCUGCGGGCAGAUCAACUACGCCUACCAUGACGGCCUGCGGGAGCAAGGGAAAGCAAGUGGACAGAAGCCCGAGCGGGAGCAGGUCCGAGACUCACUCAAGCAGCAAGAAAGGCCCCAGCGCAAGCUGCGCCGCUCCCACUCCGGUCCUGCUGGCUCCUUUAAGCCUCCCAGCCUGCGACACAAAGGCCUUGAGCCUCCUCCUCAGGAGAAGCCCGUGGUGCCUCCCCGCGUCCCCAAGUGCUCUUGUCCCAAAACAAGCACUGGCGAGCAAGACAUGGACCAACCUCCUGAAAUCCCGCCAAGAGAGCCCAUCUUUUACAGCCUCCCACGUGCUCCUAGUCCCAAGAGUCUGCCAAUUUAUGUCAACGGAGUGAUGCCUCCUACUCAGAGUUUCGCCCCAAAUCCUAAAUAUGUAAGCAAGGCCCAAUACAGACAGAACUGUGAGGGUUUGUCAGCUUCCCGCAGCCCGUGUAUUCUGCCCAUCAUGGAGGAUGGGAGGAAGGCUAGUGCUACUCAUUACUUCCUCCUUCCAAAGCGUCCAGGCUACUUGGACAAGUAUGAAAGGUUUUUCAAGGAGUCGGACUCGGAAGCAGCACACAAUGGUUUCUAAGCCUUACUGUUGGUAUUGUAGUAGUUAGAAGCCCUCAAUUUACUUGCAAGAUGUGCAAAGACUGACUGAUGCUAACAGUAUUUAGGUGUUUGUUUUAUUGAUCAGUACACUGUGCCACCUCAAGAGAAACUGCCAGGUCAUAAAUGCUGGACAUUGUUGAGCCAUUUUUCUGUUUUGUUAGCUAGUUUGUUUGAUCAUUACACCAAUGUCUUGAUUAUACAUGUUUAAUGUUACUCAGUUUCAAGUAUUCCUUUUUGAAGGACUUAACAUUGCUUUUUCUGUGAUUUAAAUGCAACAUUUGAUUGGUAUAAGCUGGUCUUGUACUAUAAAUUGCAUAAAUAUUCUUGAGUUGAGCACUUUGUAAUUCUGUGCUGUGUGGUUCUCAGAGUUUGUUCUAUUUACAGCUGUUGGUUGUAGUAUGUUCUAAUGUAGUAUUUGCACUCAACAGGGUAGAUGCAUAGAGUAUGUUGAUGAUGAAUCAAGUACAAAUUAUUAGAUUCGCAAGAAAUGUCUGAAUAUGUCUGUGGUUGUUAUUCAGAUACUCAUGGCCUGUUUUCUGACUAUUUUCCACUUAUACAAAGUGUUGUAAGAAAAAUGACAGCAUGACGUUCUCUAAUUAAAUAAUGCUACUUAUUACUAACAGAGUGUGCUUAAAAUAUUGACUUGUGCUACUAUUUGGAUUUAUGUCUAAUGUAUUUUAGCAAUGUAAUACAAAUGAGAACUCAGGAGAUGCUUAUUACAAUUGGAAGAAGUUCUAACUGUCCUUAAAGAAAUGUCUCGAAUGCACCAUAAUUGGCAUCUUUUCCUUUCUGAACCUCAAGUGAUAUUUGCACUGCUGAAGUGUUGGUUACAGCCUGCGUACUGGAUUUGAGGAAAGGCGAACAGCGGUAUUCCUUAUUACUCUCUCAAUCUGUACUUUAACACGUACAUGUCGUACACUUACCCACCCAUUUACUCACUCUUGUUGUUUGCUUAGUUUAGAUCAUUCUGAGAUGAUUAAGCCAGUCAUGUGACACCACAUUUGUUUACACUAUUUACUGCUAUCUCCAUUGUAACAGAAACUGAAAUUGUAUUUAUCCAUGGCUUAUUUAUUCAUAUAUGAAGACUUAUGAUCAUGGGAUUAUUUUUUUCUGUGGAUGCACUGCAAUGCACUGUCUUUGGAAAUGUACAGUAUUUGAGUAGUUUUCCACACAUCUAUGGUCUAUUUAAAUAAAGUGAAUUAUUUAUCAGUAAAUUCAA